UGCAAUUAUUAAAGAGGAAUAUUCAGAAUGCUCUGUUGAACAAAUAAUUGAGGCACGCUCAUUGGCUCCAGUAGUCCCUAGCUUUAUCUAAUUUCGACACUAUAUGCUUAGUAGAAGAGAGGCCAGAGCACACUCAUCCAACAAUUUCAUAUUCGAUUAUCUCUUCUUUUUCUCUUACAAUUAUAAUCAAGUUAUAACACAAAAAAUGGCUGAGGCACUCAUCUCUGUGCUUCUGGAGCAAUUAGCUUCAGUAGUAUAUCAACACACAAAUGAAGUGGUGAAACUGGUUUUGAAUGCUGACAAAGAUGUUAAAAGUUUCAGCAGCAAGCUCAAAGCUAUCCAGGCUGUGCUUGAGGAUGCAGAGAAGAAACAAGUGACGGAGGCCAGCGUGGGCGACUGGUUGCAGAAGCUCAAAGAUGUGUCGUACGAGAUGGACGACGUGCUAGAUGAGUGGAACACUGAACUUCUCAGACAACAAGCGGAGGAGAAGCAAGAGGUGGAAGGAGAUAAUGCUCUUGUUACCAAGAAGAAGGUACGUUUUCCCAUGUCCUCCGGUUGCUUUUGUUUUGGUCAAGUCAAUGAGGUCAUUCAUCAUCAUAACAUAGCUAGAAGGAUAAAGGAACUGAAUGAGAAGUUAACUUCGAUUGCUGGUGAAAGAGAUUUGUCUGGCUUUCAUCAAUCCACAAUAGGCGGCCAUGAUGAGCAGUUUACUCAACGACAGAAGACUUCAUCUUUUGUCGAUAUAUCUAUGAUAUUUGGCCGAGAAGAAGAAAAAAAGAAUUUGUUGAGCAAGUUGUUGAGAGAGAGUAACAAGGAUGGGGGGAGGGUCCUUGUCAUCCCUAUUGUAGGGAUGGGUGGGAUGGGGAAAACAACUCUCACCCAGUUAGUCUAUAACCAUGAAAAUGUUACGGCCCAUUUUGAUAAGAAAGUUUGGGUUUGUGUCUCGGAUCCUUUUGAUGAGAUUAAGAUUGCUAAAGCGAUCAUUGAAAAUCUAGAUGGACCCCAAAGCAGUUCCAAUGACUUGCAAAAUUUACUGCGAUGUAUCAAGACACUUGUUGAGAACAAGAAGUUACUCAUUGUUCUAGAUGAUGUGUGGACCGAAGACAAAACUAAGUGGGAAAAUUUGAAACUACAAGUGAUAAUGCAAAGUUGUGCUCAGGGCAGUAUAAUAUUGGUGACCACACGAAAAGAAGAGGUUGCUAAAAUGAUGAGAGCAACCAGCAACAUGAUCCAUUUGGACAAGUUGAGCGAUAUGGAUUGUCUCGCAUUGUUCAAUAGCUUUGCAUUUUUGGAUAGGGAAGAAGAUGAGGCUAACUCGUUUGGAGCUAUUGGUGAGGAAAUUGUGAAAAAGUGUAAAGGUUUGCCUCUUGCUGCAAAGACUUUAGGCAGUCUAGUGUGGUAUAAGAAAACAAGAGAGGAAUGGCGGGAUGUUCUGAAUAGUAAGAUAUGGGAACUAGAAGAAGUUGAGCAACAAGUUUUCCGACCACUAUUACUAAGUUAUUUUGAUUUGGCUCCUGCAGUCAAAAUGUGUCUUUUGUAUUGUGUAAUAUUUCCUAAAGAUUAUGAGUUACAAAAAGAUAAUUUGAUUGAUCUUUGGAUGUCACAAGAUUAUCUUAAUUCAAAGGGGAAAAAAGAAAAGAGAAGAAUAGGUCAAAAUUAUUUUGACAGUCUAUCAAUGCGGUCUUUCUUUCAAGAUUUUAAAAAAGAUAAUAUGGGAAAUGUUUAUGGGUGCAAAAUGCAUGAUAUAGUGCAUGACUUUGUGCAGUUUCUUACCCAAAAAGAAUGCACUAUUAUAGAAGCAGUGGAGCUACCGGGUGAUUAUAAGGUUCGUCAUUUGACUUUAACAAGUUUACCCGAAGGUCCACUUUCAUUUCCUACUUCAUUUGACAACUGCAAAAAUAUGCGAACCCUCACACUCCUUGAUUCAAGCAUUACAACCAUAAGCCCCGGUUCAAUUAUGCAAAUGAAAUGCCUUAGGACAUUGAAUUUGAGUGGUAACAAGACAUCCGGUAGCAUGCUCAAUGAAGUUCCAAAGGAGAUCGGUAAAUUGAUUCAUUUGAGAUAUAUGGAUUUGUCUUGGAAUCAUAAUUUGAAAGAAUUACCGGAUGCUGUGUGUGAUUUAUACAAUCUACAAACUCUGGACGUUUCGUGGUGUGAUAAACUAGAGAAACUACCCAAGGCAAUGGGAAAGUUGAUUAACUUGAAGCAUCUAUAUGUUUGGGCUUCUGAUGGGCUGAGGUACUUACCGAAAGGGAUUGGGAGUUUGAAAAGUCUGCAAGUACUAGACUGCUUUUAUGUAUGUGAGGGUGAUGAUGAUGAAGCAUUGAAAUUAGGAGAUCUCGGAAUCAUGGACCAGCUUCAGGGGAGCCUUGUGAUAGAUCGAUUGGGGAAUAAGGAUGAUGCGAGUGAGAUUGACAAAGCACAGUUGGGGAAGAAGGAGCACCUCUCUCAUUUGGGAGUAUGGUUCUUGGAUGAAGAGCAGAGAAAAGGCGAUGAAGAAAUAGUGAAAGCAUUGCAACCACAUCAAAAUUUGGAAUCUUUAGAGAUUUGGGAUUGCCACAUUGGCACCACCGAGUCUCUCUAUUGGAUCAAGUCUUUACGCAAUUUGAGAAGAGUUGAGCUCUAUGGCUGGAAAUUUUGUGAAUUUUUGCCUCCUCUUGGAAAAUUGCCAUCGCUUGAAAUUCUGGAGAUAAGGAGGAUGGAGAAAGUGAAAAAGGCGGGAGUUGAAUUUCUGGGAAUAGAAGGAGAAGAAGAAGUCUCAGGAAUUCUAUUCCCCAAAUUGAAACGUCUUGCGUUCGAAUCGAUGGAGAACUGGGAAGAGUGGGCCUUUCUUUCUGAAAUCACAAUAAUGCCACGCCUUUCUGAGUUGCAAAUUGAGCGUUGCCCAAAGCUAAAAGCACUGCCAGAGUUCCUGUACAAGAUAACAGCACUGCGUACUCUGGCGAUCAUGGGUUGUCCAAUUCUGAAAGGAGAAUACGAAAAAGGCGUGGGGAAGGAGUGGCACAACAUUUCUCACAUCCCAAACCUCACAAUUGGAUGACUCGCUGCAAAGCCAGCAGGGAGCUCGGUAAUUGGUGUUUCUGCAAAUGGACCGUUCAAAUGCUGCCAUUCUCAAUCGUUGAAGCCUACUUGAAGGCUGAAGUCUCUUGUGGAAAUGAAACUGAUUGGAAUUUGACAAGUGAAUCGAUCAGACAUCCCUUAAUCAAAGAGUAAAAGGAGAUUGCUUCUCAUAGUGACAUGUUGGAGUGGAAUGCUAAGCUUAUCAAGAGAUUACUGACUUCUGAACUACUUACCAAAAGGGAUUGGGAGUUUGAAAAUUCUGCAAACACUAGAAAGCUUUCAGAUAUGUGAUGGUGGGUCUCUCUUCCUUGUACAUUUUGGGCAGCCCAGUGCUGAAACAAUUGCCAGACUUCCUGCGGAAGAUAACAGCACUGAUUUGGAGAUCAAGCGGUGUCCAUUUCUCACAUCACAAUUGUGAAACUUGCUGCCCAAAUACAAGUUUCCAUGGAACUGAACAGACAGAAAAUACAAUCAUUCAGGAGCGUUUUUUAAGCAGUGGUAAACCUUAAAGGAAAUUUGUUACCAAUUAGACUCAGGUGGCUCUUACCUGAACUGGGUAGAUACAAAAUCAGUUCAAGUUGAUGGUGGUUCAGAUGCCUGAUUCUGUGGGACUGAAAAUUCACCAAGCUACACUUGUAUAUGGAACACACUGAUUGAAGCUUCAAGAAUGGUAUUAGAGUUGUGAAGCUGACAAGCAGUACAUAGGAGGGACUAUCAGCCGUACACAAUAAAGGAAAUUUGUUAUAUAGCCAUUUGACUGAUUGAAGUGAGGGCUCUUACCUAAACUAGGUAUAUGUGAUUAGCAUCUUAAGGAUUCCAUUACUUGGUCCUUAUUGUAAGGCUGAAAGAUAUUGUUGGUAAAUGGACUCUGAAAGCAUUUUGUGCACUCUCUGUCUAAAUCAGUCCCUCAGAAAGAUUUGUUGGACACUCUCUCAAACUCUGCCAACAUCAUUGUUAUCAAAGGACGGACCAUUAUCAAGCGGACUUUCACCAUAAAGGAAAUUUGGUCUGCAUUUGACUGAUUGAAGUGGCCCUUAACUGAAUAUGUUAUCAACAUCUUAAGCAAUCCAAGGCGCAAGCUUUUGUGAAAUGGACGUUAGUGCUGAUUGGGAUUUGAUUGGUAAAUGGGAUUUGGAAGAUUUUGUAUAAUCUGCAUCCUAACAAUAAACAUGGAGCCCGGUGAGUGCUCUUUAUGUGGCUGUACUCAAACUGAAAGAUCUAUUGGAUAUCCUCUAGUACCAAACCCUGCCACCUCACCAUUGUCGAAGGGUAAGGGAUUUGAAGAUGCAAAAUCAGUUGAAGUUAAAUGGUGGUUCAGUAACUGGAGCUCCAGGACUCUGUUGAGUG